AUGGGACAAUCAGCUGCGUCAAGACUCAUACCAUCUAGACCCUUUUACCUUUUACUGCCCAUUGCUUACUGUUGGCGCAUGCCAAUACUCGGCAUCGAUGACAACUACCAAUGCAAAGUCUCCAUCCACUACUGCCAUGAGAAGGUUUCUCGUCAGAUGUUUGACAAAGGCUGGGCUAACCUAUUUGGCGCCCAAUGCGCUCUGGCAGACGUCAUCGCUAGUUUCACGCUGGCCGUCACGCAUACUGAGCCCUCGGCCUGGACCACCGGCCUCGUCGAAGUGAGGCUUAAGUUGCUGGAUGGCUACUGGAGCGACUUUCAGGCGAAUCAUCUGAGGCUCAUCGAGACGCCUCCUCCCGAAAAGCAGGAGUCACUAACCCAAAUGUACUCGACAUCGGAGGCUGAGUACAUAGAGUCACGCGCCCACCUCUACAACGCGAGGAGCACCCUCGCACCACCCCCUGGCAACAGUGGAGCGGGCCCCGGGCUCGCUACAUCGAGUUGUGGAUCCCGCCUGCCCCGUAUUAGUAUUCCCGCCUUCUCCGGGAAAAGAGAAGACUGGGAGAGCUUCCGGGAUCUCUUUCGAGCGCUAGUGCAUGACUAUCAACAGCUCACCGAUGUCGAGCGACUGUUUUACUUAAAGUCUCUCGUGGAGGGAGAUGCCAAAACAGCCCUCGACGCGAUCCAGAUCGUGGGUGCCAACUACUUGACCACUUGGGCCGCGCUCGAGGCACGGUUUGAACACCGCUGUCUCCUAGUACACGACUAUCUAACAGCGCUACGUAACAUCAGGCCUUUAAGGGACGAGUCGGCCAGAGGUCUGCGGAGCCUACUUGUUACGCUGGGUCACCACCGGGACCAGUUUCAAGCUUUGGGCCGUCCUGUCCUUCAGUAA